AUGAUUGCUGUUCGUACCUUUUUCAUCUUGGCACUCGUCUUCGUGAUGCUUUCUUCAACUGAGGCUGCCACUGGAUGCGUUCACAAAGUUCUCAAAUCAAUGAGAGUCAUCUGUGAAAACGUUGACAAUCAUUCGCUCCUCAAAAAGGCACACCAAUGUUGCAAAUCAAGCUGCUCAAUGGAUGAUAUGUGGGCUCUUUGUCAUGAAUAG